CUCGGGGCGGUGCAUCAGGAGCGUGGGCGAGACGGGGGUUCGAGGCCGGGCCGCGGCGGGCAGGGCCGGUCACUGGGCGCUGCCGCCACCGUUCCGCAGACCCCGCGGCCGGGAUGCGGCGGGCGCUGCCGCCGCUCCGCGCUCUCCUCCGGGGCGGCGUCCCGGGCCGCCCGCCCUGGCUGCCGGCGCUCAGCGGGCUUUGCGGCGCGGCCGCCGGCCUCCCCCCGCCGGCGGCGGAGAGCAGCGGCAAGCUCAACGUCCUGCCAUCCUUUGGGUUUCUUUUUGACAUCGAUGGUGUGCUGGUGCGAGGAAAGACUCCGAUUCCUGCUGCAAGAACAGCCUUUCAAAAGCUGGUUAAUUCUCAGGGACAAUUCUUGGUGCCCGUGGUGUUUGUCACCAACGCAGGGAAUUGCCUUCGCCAGGAAAAAGCUGAUCAGUUGUCUCAUCUACUGGGAGUGCCAAUUUCACAGGAUCAAGUCAUGAUGUCACACAGUCCUCUGCGGAUGUUCAAACGUUACCAUGAAAAAUGUGUUCUCGUAUCUGGCCAAGGACCGCUGCUUGAUAUUGCUCAAGACCUUGGUUUCUGUCAGCCCAUCACCAUCGAAACGCUGCGGGAGAAACACCCUUUGCUAGAUGUAGUUGACCAUGAGAGAAGACCUAAUGUUCUGUACCCUUCUGCUGUGGAGCUUCCCAAGAUUGAGGCUGUUGUUCUGUUUGGGGAGCCGGUCAGAUGGGAGACCAACCUGCAGCUGAUCAUCGAUGUUCUGCUCACCAGCGGCUACCCCGGCAAUCCCUAUCGGCACCAGCACCGCCCGCACAUCCCCGUGCUGGCCUGUAACAUGGACCUCAUGUGGGUGGCCGAAGCGCAGUCCCCAAGGUUUGGACAUGGAACAUUCAUGGUUUGUUUGGAAAACAUUUACAAGAAGAUCACUGGCAAAGAUCUGAAAUACGAGGCUUUAAUGGGCAAACCCAGUAGGCUGACGUACCAGUACGCGGAAUAUCUCAUCAGGGCCCAGGCCGCGGAACGACACUGGAAACAGCCAAUUCAGACGCUUUACGCUGUCGGAGAUAAUCUCAUGACCGAUGUCUAUGGUGCUAAUCUUUACAAUCGCUAUCUUGAGGAGAACUCCAGAAAAGGCUCCAAAUCGCGGAUUCAGGCCAAAGCCGCUGGCGGCAGAGGAUCUGCCGCUGUCUCGCAGGACGAGGACAUAGACAACAGCUGGGAGAACGAGUUGGCCUCUGCAGCUGCUGCCCACUGUAGGUCUGUCCUUGUUUGUACGGGGGUUUACAACCCUCACACCGAGGUGCCCUUGGACUCCGGGGAGAGCUUAACUGAAACGGUGUUCCAUGGCCACAGGGAUUUUAGAUUUGAUCCCGGCUUAGUCGAGCCGGAUCAUAUUGUACCAGAUGUUGAUGCUGCCGUAGACCUGGUCUUCCAGUUGGAGAACUUCGCACCUAACUGAAAUGCCGUGAUUUCUUAAAGACUACUCAGUGCUAUGCUUUUCUUCCCAAAAAAACCACACUGUGCUUUAAAAUCAUGCCACAACUGCUGCUUUCUAAAAUUUUUAACUUUUAUAUUAAUAAAAUCUUAAGUAUAUUAAUAUACUUAAGUAUACUAACGUAAGUAUAUUAAAUAUCAGUAAUGCUUUUUUAAGUACUUUGAAAUAUGCAAUUUCUUACUUUAGUUGCCCUUAAUUGUCCUCCUUUACGUUAGGUGCUUUAAUAGCAAUUUUUCGUGGUAGCUUACGCACGUUACUGGUACUUAAAUCCCCACAUGACAGUACAUUGUUUUGUUUGCUGGGAGGUUUUAGCUUCUCGGUCUUGGGGAUCUUGAGGAUAUCAGAUGGUGGUGCUGUGGUCAUUCACGGGGGUACGAAUUGGCUGGUACGGAGCACAACGUGGGUCACUUGCCGCUUGGGAUUCUGCAAGUGACAGGUGCGCUUUCACAUCGCAGCCAAGGUCAGGUCCGUUCUGCUGCUUUGUAGCUGCUCACCUGUAGCCCUGCAGCCUUUCUUGUGGUGUGUCCCCACCUGGCCGGAGCUGCCGUUGCCUCUCUCUACUCUGACCCGUAAAGCCUCAUUGGAAGUGCCGGUGUGAGGUGGGGAAGGCUGAGUUGUUACACCAGUGUGGGAACUCCAGCUGAGCUGAACACAGUCACGUAAGGAAACGCAGGGUGUCCUCUGUGGCAUAAUCCCUGGCCUUUUUGCCUUUUUAUCUGCACUUUUUUGAGGAAUUUAGAAGCUUAAAAAGCUUUAGCAAUUAUGUUUCAGGAGUUUUUGUCGGUUGGACUUCUCCACUGAAUGAGUGACUACUGUUUGGGCAAAAGUGCCUAGUAAUUUACUUGAAGCUUCCUACCACUAUGGUAAUUAAGCAGCCUUUCAUUUUGUGUCAGUGUUACAUGUUGUUUGGUUCAUGGAUUUUAGAGCUGUUCAUUUUAAAAAAAAGUAAUUUAUUUUAUGUUAUUUUUGUAAAAUACUUUUAAACAUUUUCAUUCAAAAGAUGUCUUUGAAAAGAUUUUUGUGUUUAUUUGCUACAACACAGUAUAUGGUGUACUUGUGGCAUAAGCCAACUGAGUGUGUUUAAAAACGAGGGCAACUUACACACAAAUAUCACUUAACACCACCUUGGGGACUAGCCAAGUUUUUAUACUUGCUUUUUGUCAUUUCGGUGUGGUUUGGCGUUUUUGUUUGUUUUUUAAUUAUAAAUUGUACGAACAAAAAUCUAUGGGUCUCGAGUUUUCCCAAGUUCUUGCAGAACCAGAAGAGCGCUGGCUUAAAAGCACUGACAGACAGUGGCAUAAAGUGACAGGGUUUCCUGGCCGACUUCUUCACUGCUCGUUAUCCAGAAAUCCAAAUGUGAAAACUCCCGUCAUGAAGAGAACGUUGCUGCUGGGAAGUCAGAGCUUUUUUGGUUGUGUUUUCUCCAUUUGCGAACUGCUGUUAUCCCUCUCUCUGCUCUCAGGAUUGUUGAUUCACUCACCAUGUUUCCAAGUAGCUUUCAGCUGGAUGCAGCUUAAGGACACCGUGUUUCCUGAUGCUUCACUGGGAAAGUAUUACAACAGCACAUUCUUGCCUUUUUGUUGUCACAAUAAACAGAUGUAUACCUAUUUCUUUAGCACUUUUCUGUAAUACACCAAUUAUUUGCAAAGUAUGCCAGAUUGUAGGUUAGUAAAAUGUCAGGUGGCUGAAGUUGUGUUGUUUGGAUACUGUUGCAGGGCUCUUUAAUUAUUGCCAGCAGGGCUUUCACGCUGUCGGCAAAGCAAGGAAUAAAAAUGUGAAAGCUGAUGAAGAGCAGAA